AUGAAAUUGACUGCAAGUGGAAUAUCUGGUGUUAAUUUUACCAACUGGUCUAAAACCUUCAGCUGUGUGCCGGAAUUGUUGUUUGCACCCAAGACAAAUGACGAAAUUGCUCAAAUUCUUGCAUUGGCUACAGAUGAAAAAAAGCAUGUGCGUGUUGUUGGAUGUGGACAUUCACCAUCAGACAUAGCAUGUACAGAAGAUUAUAUGAUUAGUUUACAGCAUAUGAACAAAGUUGUUGAGGUGGAUGAAGUUAACAAACAAGUGAAAGUACAAGCUGGUAUUACUUUGAGGGAUUUAAAUGAAAUUCAUCUACCUAAAUAUAAACUUGCAUUAUCUGUAUUAGGGUCAGUUUCUGAUUUGACCAUUGGUGGAGCUAUAAGUACGGGAACACAUGGCACAGGAAUCAACUUUGGAAACCUUUGUAGUUAUGUUAUCGAAUUAGAAAUGAUGGAUCAUAGUGGAAAAUUUAUCAGAUGUUCUCGCAGUGAAAAUAAGGAAAUAUUUUUGGCAGCUGUUUGUGGACUUGGUGCUAUUGGUAUUAUUUUAACUGUCACUUUACAGUGUGAAUCAGCAUUUAAUCUAGAGCAAAGACAGUUUGGAACAACAUUAAAAGAUGUAUUGGAACACUUAGAUUUGCAUGUGAAUGGUUCUGAGCAUUUUAAAUUCACUUGGUUUCCUCACACAGAUGGUGUUGUCGUGAGUCAUGUUAAUCGAACAGACAAGCCUGUUGCAGAGGU